ACGCCAAUUGCAAUCACAUCUCAACUACAUUUUAGCCUUUCUAAGCAAUUUCCAAAAUGCUCUCCCGUGGGGUUGCGCGGGUCUCGACCCUGCGGUCAGCCACUUCUGCUGUUGCAGCCAGACGACUCCCAAUCGUCCAGCAGCGGACAUUCCUUCCUCCCUACAAUGACAAGGUCGACGAGAAAUAUCCCGACUACCCGAGCCUGACGGAGGCCGAGGACCCGAAUAUGAAUGGUGGCUACGUCCAACCCCCUCCGAUCAAGAGACAGUUCAGGGAUCCCCACGGCGACUGGUGGGACAAGCAGGAGAGGAGGAACUUUGGGGAGCCUGUCCAUGAGGACUACGACCAGCUGGGCAUGUUCACACCCUAUGAGUACACAUGGGUCGCCCCAGGCAAGGGGUUUUUUCAGGUCGGCGUCUUUAUCGCAGCAUUCCUAAGCCUAUGCUACGCGAUCAAGCUCACAUACCCCGACCGGGUAUCGUUCCCAAGAGAUUUUGACGGUGGCCUGGAGCGUGAGCUCGGAGGGGCAGGCGCGGUCAAGGCAAGGGCACCAGAGGAUCCGGAGCCGUUCCAAGACGAGGUGGAUGUGGACUAGGCUAGGAUUGUACAGUAGAAAGAUCGACCGCAAUGAAAAGAAAGGGUGAACAGAAAAGAAAAAUAAUAGAACAGCUAAACCAAGGCAACCAGAAUCAAGUACUGCCAGUCUGCGAUUGGCUAGCCGCCCUCGAGAAGAAACACGCAACAGCCUCGCCUUUCUGCCGUCUUUUCUAAGGCAGGACCUCCCUUGCCUUCUAUCGUCAGGGCCGAGGCAUAAAUGAGGAAGAGCAGGUGGUUUCCAAAAGCAAAGAUCUAGAUCUCUAUGGAAUUAUGGCCGACCAAGAAUGUCCCAUCAGCAUCGUCAACGAAGAAGGUGC